GCCUCAUUUCAAGGACAAAGGAUAAAAUACUCACACACGCACACAGAAACCCACACUCCCUCUCUCUCCUCUCUCUUUCUCUCUCUCUCUCUCUCCUCUCUCCCGAAAACCUAAAGCUAGGGUUUAUCUCGAUUUCGCACUCGAAUUCUGGUCAGCCAGCUUCGAAUCUCUUUGUAAAGUUCAUACUUUCAGCUUCGUCUUGAAAUGUUUUAUCUGAUGAUAUAGUUUUCUGGGUACGCCGUGAAGAAUCGAAGUCUGUAACUGAUUCAUUUGAUCUGAUCUUCGAUUCAAACGAGUUCUUCUUUUAUCAUGGAGAAGAGUAAGGUGGUGGAAGAAAAUCAUCAAAGAAGUGAUCAUUCUCCUGUGUCGAAGUCCUUGGGAUCACUUAUCAAGAUUGAUUCCAUAUCUAUAGACCUUGGGAGUGCCAUGGAGAAGAACGAAACAGAAAAGUGUGAGCAUUUCUCAAUACGUGGAUAUGUUGCUGAAAUGCGUAAAAAGGACCCGGGGAUUUGUUUGCCAUUUGCUUUAGAUGGGAACAAUAAGUCAGAGAGGCAAAUUAAUAUGCUUCCUCCUUUACAUGUUGCAAAAUUCAGAUGGUGGCGCUGCCAAAACUGCCUGCAGGAGAUUAGCACUACAAGUUCAAUAGAAGAAAUUGGAGUGGUUCCUAAUUGUUGCAAAAGUGGAGUUAUAUCCAGUAGCACUUGUUCUCAUAUGCAAUACCAUGAUAAUGCAGCGAUGGUGCUGUCAGACGUGCAGCAAGCUUCAAAACUGGACUUUUGUGAGGGAAGGAAAGCUGAUGCUAGUACUUCUACUAAGGUGUUUAGCGAUGAAUAUUGCUUUUCAUCAUGUAGUGAUAAAAUGGAAGCUGAGAAUGGACAAACUGCUGUCACUGGUCAUAGGGAUGAUUCACAAGAUUAUAGGAAUCAGGAAAUUCACAAUCCUACUUGUGAUGCAACAAAUUCUAAUCCAGGCCUAAUUCAAGAAAGAGACACAGUUGACACAGUUGCUUUCAAAUCAAAAGGCAGUGAAUUGGUGGAAUCUUGUGAGCCAAACUGUGGAAGUCAUGAAGUUGCAGUUAUUGUUCCAGCUACUGGAAAUGUUAAAUGUGACGGUGGCAGUUCUGCUGAAAUUUGUCAAAUGGGAAAACUGAGUUUUGCAAAUGACCAACAGAGAAGCGUACCGAUGACUUGCGAAACGGAACAGGUAGUUGGUAAGAUAGAUCAGACUAUAGAUGCUGUCACGUGUCAAACAACCAGAAUUACUUCCCUUGAACUGGAAGAGCAUGAUAAUGCAUCAUAUGAAAGUGAUGAGAUAUUGGGUGAAAAUUUGAUACGUCGAAAAACUCGAAAGGUGCGUCUGCUGACUGAGUUGUUGGGUGCAAAAGGAAAUGCAGAAACUUAUAGCAUCAGGAAGGAAGGUGCUUCUUCCAAUGCAAUGCCCAAUACAUCUAAUGGUUUAGGUUCAUGGUCCGCUCCCCAGUUUGAUGUGACUGUUGGAGGAAAUAUUGGAAAGGGCUUUGGGGGUCCUAACAAGAAAAGAAAGAUGCGUCGAGGCAAAGAUUGGAAACCACUUGAGAUGAGCUGUCCGGAUAACGUGACUAAAAAAGUCAGGGUCUUCAAGGGAGAUAGAGAAACUUCUGACACGAGCAUUGAAAUUGCUGGUUCUGAAUCAGAAGGAGAUGCAGCUGCUGGAGUAGGUGUACAGACAGAUUUAAAGAGUCACUGGACUAAAUAUAGAAUUGAUAGAAAUCCUACACAGUUUAAAAAGAAAAAUAAGGAGCCUCAAGUUAGUGAUGGAUAUCCUCCCUUGGUGCCAUGGCAAAGUGUCAUGCCCGAAUACAAUCAAAUCAAAAUUGGGGAUGCAGCUAAAUGUGGUGUGGCUGCUAAUACUGGUUUAAUGAAAUCAGCACAUGAUUCAUUCACACGCAGAGGGCCACAACAAUGUUUCAGAAGUUAUCUGUCUCCACUACAAGCUGAGAAAAAUUUGGGUUUGUAUAAGAAGAAAAACAAAAUGCCUCAAGUUGAAGAUGGGUGGGUUUCUUUAAUGCCUAAAAGAAGUAGCAUGCCAGAAGAAGAUUCAGUCAUCAGAAAUGAUGUAAAAGUCAUGCAGAGUGGGCCUGAAGGAGUAAAGUUUCACUCAACACAUGAUGCAUCUGCUAGAAAAGGGCUGGAUUUUCCCCUUAACAGCUAUAUGGCUGCACAAAGAAGUGGCCUAAAUUAUUUUGCUCUAAGUGAAGACGGGAAUGAUCCUUUAUUUCCUCAAAAAAAGGUAAUUCCAAGAGAAGAACAUCGUAUGAGGAAAGAUGUUAGGCAUGCUGGAGAGAAAAAUGUUCCUCCCAAGUCUGCAACAGAUCCAUCUUUUGGUGAAGGAUUAUUUUGUGAUUUGAAUGAAAGAAUCACUCAAAGGGCAUCUUUCUUGCGUGAGAUGCAAAACUGUUCCUCUCUGGUUGAAGAUGGGAGUUAUUCUCUGCAUCAGAAAUUGGAUACCUCUGGUCCUUGCAACAAAGAAAAAACAACUGAAGUUCAAGAACAUUCAGAAGUUGUAAAGAGACACAGUGACCAAAGAGCAGAUAAGUUGUAUGAACAAGGAACGCUAGAUGACAUACCCAUGGAUAUUGUUGAACUCAUGGCAAAGAAUCAAUAUGAGAGGCUUCAUGAAGCUGAGAGAAGUCAUUGCUUGUCUGAGAGAAUCGGUGACAAAAGGAACACUCAAAUAAUGGGGUUGCCUGAAGCACAUGGGAAUGGGGUGUUGAAAUUGUUACAUGAGGAAAACCCCCGUACGAGAAAACCUCAGCUUGGCAAUGGAAGAAAUGGUGUAAUCAGAGCAGGUAAAAGUAUGGGACCCACCAUGCAAAAUCCUGUUAACUAUUUUUCUUCUUUCAACAGAAACCAUUUCAAUAUGGGCAAGCAGGAGAAAAAUCCUGCCUUCACAGGGUUUAGUACAUUUUCACAGCAUCAAGAGAAGCCAUCAGGUGGAGUCCAAUUUCCUAUUUCUGGUUCUGUCAGAAACAGUAGCAGUCAAAAUUGCAAAUGGAAUGUUGAUAAUGUGGUGCCCAGGUCCUCUCCCACCAAUAUGCAGGUCUUGGAAUUCUGUGACAUAUCCCAGAAUGGUUCACGACAGCAUGAAGAAGCAGAACAUGUUAGAUCCUCAAUGAUACCAAAUCAUGUGCCCUUUGGACUUAACAUUCCUCAGUCAAGUAACCUAGAAAGACAUUCACAGUGCCCAGUCACACUGUCGAAAGGGAAAAUGAUUGGAGAUCUUGAUAUGAACUGUUUCAAUCCGAGUGCUACCAGCCUUGACAAGCAGAACAGGAACCUUGAUUCUGAAUCUUUUGGGAGGAUGCCUGCCAAAUAUCCAUUUGUUUGCAAACACGGGGGAGUUGAGCAUAACAAAAAGGGGACAAGGUCACUAGAUCUUUAUCCUAAUGAAACGAUUCCAGCAAUGCAAUUACUCAGCCUCAUGGAUGCAGGGAUGCAGUCAAGUACACCAUUCAGUUUGGAUGACAUGCCUGAGUUUUUCAAUAAACCUUUCUUCCCUUGUGAUCAUCACCCUAAGGUCGGUGUGGAUGGGAAAUCCAAGUUCCUUGAUAAAGCUUUCUUUCCAUGUGAUCAUUCAAAGGAGUUCUCUGCGCUAGGGAGGAGGGUAUAUAAGGCUUGUGAUAGCUCAAGACAUCCAUCAUCUGUUUUUUAUGGUAAAAAUCACCCUCCAGAGCUAAUAUCUUGUGAAUGUUCACCCGCUGUUGCUGUUGGUGCAUUUGCUUCUGUGCAUCAAAAUGAUGGAAAUUUCAAAAAAGCCACUGGUUAUGCAGGUCUAGUCUCUCCAAAAUCUCUGGAGCAAGGGAAAAAGAAAGGCUCUUAUUCAUCCACACAAAAUAGAGGCCGGAAACCACAAAAGUAUGUUUGCAGGACUGGUGUUGCAGGCACAAGUCAUGCUUCUAAUCCUGUUCUGGAUAAGCAAAAAGUGGUCCUUGGUGUUUCAGAGUCUCUAGUGUUUCCCUUUCAAUGUCAUACAGUUGAAGAAUCAUCUAAGCGAAUGGACUUGGUGGCCCAUGCUGCGAAUGGAAACACUUGGUGUAUGAAAAGCAUUUCCAAUGUUGACAUCUGCACUGUUAACAGAAACCCAGCUGACUUUAGCAUACCAGAAGCAGGAAAUGUGUACAUGAUAAGUGGUGAAGAUCUCAAAUUCAGAAAGAGGAUUCCUUCCAUGGAUAGAUCUGGCUUGUUUAAUGUUGAUGGGAGAAAGAGACAGAGGGUUACAAAGCGCACAGCUAUUAAAGAGCGUCUGAAUCAUGUAUCAUAGUGUGGUCAAAUGCCAAUAGCAGUUGGGGACAUUAGAACCUCUUUCAUCUCCUCGAUUCAAAAAUACACCUCACUAAAAUGAUAAUUAUAGGACAAUUUUGCAUCACCUAAGAUUGUUGCUUGAAUUCCCAGCUGGGUUGCUUCUUUUUUUCAGCAGGUGACGUUUUCAUGGUCUCAUCACCCCAGCAAAAUUAGAAAAUCUCAUGGGCCAUAAUCUUCGACAGCAAAGGCCAGUCAGAUUCCACAUAUGAACGCGUAUUUGGGGAACUUAAACCAUUUGAUUCUGGAUCUUGACGGGCUUCUUCGCUGUCCAAAGUCGAGCUACAACAGCCAUGCUGGGUGCUAGGUAUGGCCUGCAUAUGCCUGAACAUUUCUGACAAUAAAUUUAAAAUGUAUAUAUAUUUUAAUAUGAUCUGUGUUUUGGUGUCAUAGUUUAUAAUGUUCCAUAUAAACCUUUACAUUCCCCUUUGGUUUUGACGGGGCUCUUAACGUUAUUCAGUGUUUGGUU